AAGGGAUCAUGUUAUAUGGUACGGAACUGAGAAUCCGUCCAAGACAAAACUCUAAGUUUCAGGAUCUAAAGAUACGUUCUGUUCCACCUUCUGCCUACCAGUUUUUCAGGCCUCGAAUCGACCCUUCUUAUUCAGCACCACUUCACCGAAGUCAUUUUAAUGAGAGUACGGACUAUAUUCAUCAUACCAACCACCGUCGUGAUCCAUUCCUAAAUCUUACUCCACCUGCGCGUAACCGACAUUUGGUUCAUGAAAUGAGAUAUAACUAUUACUCACGAUAUGAACAUAACCUACACCCUUUACCAUCAUAUAAUCUUCCUCCUUAUGGUUGGCAACACGGUCCUCCAGUCUCCCUUGAAAACCGUCCGUCUGAAAGAAGGUGGUCUAAUGAAUACAGUAGACACAUGAGCUCCACACCGACUGCUAGUCGUAGAGAACGUAGUCCUUACUUUCGUCACAACAGUUCCAGACCUGAGAGUUCUUAUAAUCGACAUAAAAUCUAUUUGCAGGAUAUUUCUGAUAAGGAUUUAAUCCAUCCGGGGAUAGAAAACAUCAAACAUAUCUUGGUUGUAACUUCCGGGAAGGGGGGUGUCGGGAAAUCCACGGUUGCUGCUCAAGUCGCCAUUAACCUAUGGAAUAGUGGUUUCUGUGCUGGUAUUCUUGAUAUUGACUUUUGUGGACCGUCUAUACCUCGUAUACUUGGUUUGGAAAACAACAAAAUCCAUUCAUGUGCUGAAGGCUGGCUACCUGUAUAUGCUGACGGACACACCAAACGCUUCCCCGUGGUAUCAAUUGGGUUUCUAUUAGAUAAUCCCGAUUCUGCAGUUAUUUGGCGUGGACCACGCAAAGGUAGUAUGGUGGGUGAAUUUUUGAAUUCAGUUUGUUGGGGAAAGCUCGAUUAUCUGGUCAUUGAUACUCCUCCUGGAACAUCAGAUGAACAUAUAACUGUCCUCGAACAUCUACAGAAGUCCACAUCUGAUGUGGAUGUGGGCAUUAUUAUUGUUUCAACUCCACAGAGAGUAUCCUUGUGCGAUGUAAGCCGGGAGCUUGGAUUUUGUAUGAAGACAAAUAUAAAAGUAAUUGGUUUAGUUGAAAAUAUGAGUGGAUACAAAUGUCCCAAUUGUACUCAGUGUACGAACGUGUUUUCAUAUGGAGGUGCUGAAGCAUUGGCUGUUGAGAAAAAUGUUCGAUUUUUGGGUCGACUACCUUUUGAUCCCACUCUAACUGUCGCUUGUGAUCGUGCGGGAGAUUUCCAAUCAAAGAUUUACACCAGUGAAGAUACAAAGCUUUUGACUGAAAAAAUACUUUCGGUAUUAUCUGUUUGA